AGCAAUCUUCAUCUUCUACUAAUUAAAGAGCCAAGAUGGCCAUGAUGCUAUCUCUCCUCUAUGCUUCCCUUUUCAUCAUCUCCACCUUCUUUCUUUAAAUCUUUCAUAAAUAGUACUUCUAAGCUUCCUCCAGGCCCCCUGGCCUUACCGGUCAUCGGCCACCUCCAUUUGCUCGGCCCCUUAAUCCACAAAACCUUCCACCACCUAUCCUCCCGCUAUGGUCCCUUAAUUUAUCUCCGCAUUGGCUCUGUCCCCUGCGUGGUUGCUUCCAGUCCCGAACUUGCAAAAGAAUUCCUCAAGACUAACGAACUCACUUUCUCAGCCCGCAAACACACUUUUGCAAUUGAUCAUCUUACAUAUCACUCUUCCUUCGCUUUUGCUCCUUAUGGUCCUUACUGGAAAUUCAUUAAAAAAUUAAGCGCGUACGAGCUAUUGGGUAGCCGGACGCUUAACCAGUUUCUCCCAAUCAGAACACAGGAAUUGAACCACUUUAUCGCCAUUCUGCUUCAAAAAUCUAAAUCGGGGGAGAGCGUUAAUCUCACUCAGGAACUCUUAAAGUUAACCAACAAUGUAAUAUCACAGAUGAUGAUGAGCUUGAGGUGUUCCGGGAUUGCAGACCAGGCAGAUGGAGUUAGGACUCUUGUGAGGGAGGAUUUCUUAACGGCUGCAACUGACACAACCGCAAUUGCACUGGAGUGGGCACUGGCGGAACUUAUAAACCAUCCAGAAGUACUCGAGAAAGCACAGAAAGAGAUCGACAAAGUCGUCGGGAAAAACAGGCUGGUAGAAGAAUCUGACAAUCCUAGUCUCCAUUACAUCCAUGCCGUCAUAAAAGAAACGUUUCGUCUACACCCACCCAUCCCCAUGAUUUCAAGAAAAUCAACUCAAGAAUGUAAAAUCGGCGGAUAUACGAUCCCGGAAGGCGCCUUACUUUUCGUGAACAUUUGGUCCAUCGGAAGGGAUCCGAAGGUGUGGGAAGAUCCGUUCAAGUUUCGGCCGGAGCGAUUUUUGAAAUCUGAAAACGGUGAGGCUUCGGGGACGACUAUAGAUGUUAAAGGGUUGCAUUAUCAACUGUUACCGUUUGGUAGUGGGAGGAGGGCCUGUCCUGGAAUUUCCUUGGCCAUGCAAGAGCUACCAACGGCACUUGCUGCCAUGAUUCAGUGCUUCGACUGGAAGGUGGUGGUUACAGAUGGGGAGAAACAUGGGCCGGUAGAUGUUGUCGAUAUGGAUGAACGGCCGGGUCUGACAGCUCCGAGGGCGCAUGAUCUUGAAUGCUUCCCAAUUUCACGCUUGGGUUCUGUUCCGUCAGGAUUUAUUGAGGCCCAUGCUCGGGCUUGCCUUGGGUUUAGGCCUCAGGGCCAAGGUUGUCAAGAUCAAGACAAGAAGUAAUAUUGUUUGGGUAAGAUGAGAUUAGAAUGGUAAAAUUGAAUUAGUAAAA